AUGGCAACAACACACAUCCAUCAUAUGCAACCCAGCGUGAUGAAGCCCUUUGACAAGUGUUAUUUGGGUCGAAAAUUUCUAUUUGGAUCAAGAAUCCAAACUUAUCAAAACCCAGUACCAACCUUGAGGAGAAGAGUAUUCGUUUGUAGGGUCUGGGAUGCCCUAACAAGUGGUAACUCAGUUGUGAUGGCAAUUCGCAAAGGAAUGCUUCUUUUUCGACAGGGCGAUGUGUUAGGGUCUUUAGUGGAGUUUGACAAGGCAAUUCAGCUUGAUCCUCGCCAGAAAGCAUAUCUUUGGCAAAGGGGGUUGUCUCUAUAUUAUCUUGAUAGGUAUGAGGAAGGUGAACAUCAAUUCCGUAUAGAUGUUGCCCAAAACCCAAAUGAUACAGAGGAGUCAAUAUGGUUCUUUCUUUGUGAAGCUCAAUUGUAUGGAAUUCAUGAAGCAAGAAAAAGAUAUCUUGAGGUUGGUAGAGAUCUACAGCCAGUCAUGCGAGAAGCCUAUAACAUGUUUAAAGAUGGUGGUGAUUCAGAAAAGCUUGUUGUUGCAUUUCCAAGUGGACAGCCAAAUGAAUACUUCUAUGCUUCUCUAUAUGAUGGCUUGUACUAUGGAUCACAGAAUGAGCCAGAUGAAGCUACAGUUCAUUUAAUUGCUGCUUGUCAAUCGCCUUAUGGAUCAAGGAGUGAUUAUUACAUGGCUGCUCUUGCCAAGGUACAUUGCAAAUGUAGAAAUGGGAACAUCAACUAAGAGAAUACACUCAAGUUCCAUGAGACUGGUAACAUUCUAUUCCAAAAUGUUUCAAGAU